AUUGCUCUGUUGUUAUAGCCUCAGUUAUGAUUAAGGCCCACGUCCCGCAAAUUUCUGUUUUAUAGGACUGCUACACCGCAAUGUUCCUUCUAGCCAGUAACCUUGGCCGACGAACCCCGCAACUUCUCCGCAGAAGAUUAUUAGGAGGUUGCCAUUCGGCUCGGCAAUCCUGGGUUUUUCCUGUCGCUGAAGCUGGUGCAAGCCUGAACGCGUCUCGAUUCUAUGCCAAGCUUGUUUCCUUCCCGCUCGCUCAGACCGGGGAAGGGAUUAGUGAGUGCGAGCUGGUGGCCUGGGCAGUGAAGGUUGGAGACGUUGUCUCGCCGUUUGAGAAGCUCUGUGACGUGCAGAGCGACAAAGCCUCGAUUGAAAUAACAAGUCGCUAUGCUGGUCGCGUGGUAGCGCUCCAUCACUCGGCGGGAGCGAUGGUGAAGGUGGGCGCGGCGCUGGUGGACCUGGAGGUGGCGGAUGAGGAGCAGGUGGCAGCUGAGCACCUGAUGACGCCAUCGCACCCCGGAACCACUAAAAGUACUACAAGCAGUACGGUGACAGCCUCCGCCACGACUUCAGCUGAUGCUGCGCACGACGCCGCGCUUGCAGGCGGCCUGGCAGCAGCCAGCAGCAGCGGCAGUGCCAAUAACUCUACCGUCGGUAUUACAACCGGCUUGGAUCGCAACGCCAGCGACAAACAGCCCGCUCAGCCUUCAUCUUCGUUUUCCUCACCAACAGCCGCGGUGGCAGCUGCGACACCCCUGCGGCCCCCUGCGGCCGCUUCCUCUCCCUUCUUCGAGGCACCUGCCGCCGCCCCGCCGCCUCCCUCCUUCCAGCCCGGUGGAGCUGCUGCGGCUGCUGCUGCUCAGGUGCAUGCCUCCCCGGCGGUACGAGCUUUGGCCAGAGAGGCGGGUGUGGACAUCUCAGCGGUAGUGGGCACUGGCCCCGGAGGACGCAUCACCAAACCAGAUCUCCUGUCGUACAUCGCCUCCAAACAGCAGCACCAGCACCAGCGGGCAGCGGGGUCCGACUGGACGGGACAACAACCCCAUGCAGCGGCGCAUGGCGGCGGCAGACCCACGGGUCACCACCUCCCCGCGGGUCUCACUGUAGAGGCGGCGCUGGCGGUGUACCAGCAGCUGAACGCUGCGGGCGGGGGCGCAGCCGUCUCGGCUGCCUCCCCGCAUGUGUCGGCUACUCCCACCACCACCACAGCCGCAGCAGCAACAGCUGCUUGGACGGGAGGGGCUGCUGCCGCUGCGGGAGGUGUUGCUGGCGGCGGUGGCGGUGGAGGUGGAGGGAUUACGGCAGCGCAGGAGGGUUCGCAGGUGGUGCCGCUGCGGGGCUACCGCAGGGCCAUGGUCCGCUCCAUGACCGCCGCCAGCUCCGUCCCCGUGUUCCAUCUGCAUGAGGAGGUUCGGGUGGACCGACUGAUGGGGGUGCGGGCGGCGCUGAGAGAUGACCCACGGGUCAGGGAGCAGGGUCUGCGGCUCACCGUGCUUCCUCUGCUGCUGAAGGCGCUGUCUGCGGCUCUGUUGCAGCAUCCGCAACUGAAUGCCAGCCUGGCACCCAGCGGCACGGAGCUGCUCCUGCACCAGCACCACCACAUCGGAGUCGCCAUGGCCACCCCCGGCGGCCUGGUGGUGCCAGUGCUGCGGCACGUGCAGCGCAAGUCGCUGGGGGUGCUGGCGGCGGAGCUGGCGGCGCUGCAGCAGCUGGCGGCGGCGGGGCGACUGCCGGCGGAGGCGCUGACGGGGGGGACGGUGACGGUGUCCAACAUUGGCAGUGUUGGCGGCACCUACGCCGCCCCCCUGGUGACGCCCCCCGAGUCGCUCAUCCUUGCCCUGGGUCGCGUGCAGGUGCUGCCCAGGUACCUGCCCCCCGCCUCCGGGGCAGCUGAUGGGAGGGCGGCAGGGGGCGGAGGACACCACCACCACCACCAACAACAACAACAACAACAACAACAGUACGGCAGCCAGCAGGGGUGGUACGGCGGGGCACAACAGCUGCAGCUCAUGCCGCCCCCACCCCCGCCGCUUCCUGUCCCUGUUUCGAUCAUGCCGGUCAGCUGGGGUGCCGACCACCGGCUGGUGGACGGAGCUGCACUUGCCGCCCUGUCCAACACAUGGAGGGGGCUGGUGGAGCAGCCGGAGAGGUUGAUGCUGGAGCUGGUGUGAGGGCCGGGGGGUGGUGGUGGUGGUGCAGCUGCUGUUGCGGUGGAGGGUGGAGGUGGAGGGUGGUGGGUUGAGGGUGGCGGGUGACAAGGGGGGGGGGGGAGGCAGCCGGGUUCACCGGGGUGUGUUGGAUGAGAGGGAUUUGCUACUGGUGGUGGUGCCGGUUGUUCUUGAAGGUUUUCAUGGAGAGAGAAUGAUGAGAUGUGUUUUUGACGAGAAACCUGUGCUGCAGCGGAAGAUUUGAUGUUGUUGCUGUAAGUGACAGGCACUGGGGUAACAGAUGUGCCAUGGUUCAUGUAUGCUGCUGCUGCUGCAGCUGUUGUUGCCUGCGGCUUUUUGCUUUUCCGUAGCUAUGGAGAUCCUCUGCUCGAUGUUGCGCUCCCAGGGAUGUUUCGUAACACACUGCUGUCAUUUUAUUCGUACACACGUGGUUUGGUGCUGUCCUGCCUUGCCCCGGGAAGAUGUGGGCUUGAAACGGUUGUGUGUGUGUCUGCCCCGGUCGCCCGCGGGUUUAGCUUUGAAGCUUCUUCCUCCUAAUGAUUUGCUAUGCUGCUGGCUCUAACAGAUGUUGGACCUUUUAAAGCCCAGCGGGCAUGUACUUUCAAGUUUGCUUCUCCCCUGCUUCUCCCCUGCUUGUAUCAUAACGUUCUGUCCCCUAGCUGUGCUGAUAGCCCCUAGCUGUGUUUCUUAACGAUCGUAUCAUAUUGUGCCAUCAUUAUGUACACUAAGGGCGGCCACCAGUGCCGCUGAUACCUGUGUAGCUUAGAUGGGAGGCAGCUGUUGCUGUUCGUUGUCGUCGUUGUUCUAAUUGUCCGUUGCUAUUGAGUCACCUGAAUGGCACCAUGUUACCUUCCAACAAUGUACAUCACAUGUUGAGCUGCAGCUGCAGCUGCUGUUGCUAGUUGUCUGGUUCGUACGGCACGUUUGAAAGAUGCCAAAUUGCUGGCCUUUUGCUUUGUUGUCAUAGUUGACGUUGCUUUGAGAGGUGUUCAGUUGAGAGUUUGCAUGCUUGUUUGCUUGCCUUUCAUGCAAGACUACUGGUAUAGGAAGAAUGGAGCGACAGCGCCGUUUCAUGACCCGCGGGUCACCUGCUGGCUUAUAGUUAAUGGACUUGGGAAUG